AUGGAUAGUGGGCCGGAAAACAACGAUUCGUUUUUCAUCGAGGGCCCUUCCAACACUGGCCCCAAUGCAGAUGAGAAUUUUGCUGAUGAUGGGGACUUCGGUCCACCAAUGUCCUACCAACAACAACAUUAUGGUGGGCCUAGAGGACCACCAGGAAUGGGCCCUAGAGGCCCAAUGGGGAUGAGGGGGCCUAUGAGACCUUUUGGUGGAGGUGGUCCAAUGGGUCCCCGUCCACCAUUUGGAAUGCAACGAGGUCCACCUGGAGGCCAUGGAGGAUUUCACGGGCCACCACGUCCCCCUGGUCCUGGACAGCGUUUUCAGGGUCCACCACCAAGAGGCAUGGGUCCGAUGGGUGGCCCAAGGGGUCCACCUCCAAACAUGAUGCAAGGAGGUUAUGGAGACUACCCUCGACAAAUGAGACCACAUUUUUCACAAGAACCCAAUGGUGGGCGUGGAGGGGAUUCUUUGGACAGUAGUGGUUGGGACAUGGGUCCACCAAAUCAGCAGAAUGGUGGUGGCCUAGGUUAUAUGGGGGGUCCUCAGGGAGGACCACCUCCAAACUAUGGUAAUAUGCCACCACCACAUAAUCAACAUUAUGGCAAUAUGCCUCCACAGCAACCACCUCCACAUGGAUAUGGAAAUGGAAAGUUCACAUAA